GACCUUGACGACGAUGAGUUUGAGAGACGCUCCUACCCAGCCUCCGUGGUGGAGACGGAGCCUGCAGUGGAGUUUGGUGAUGCGCUGGAGAGCAGCAGCGAGGUGGAGGAGCUGGAACAGCCGGCUAUGCUUGAGCGAAGAGGAGGAGUGUCUGCUUUGCCGACUGGUGCCUUCAACGUGCGCUUUGCCAAUUGGUCCAGCCCCUACUUCGAGAAAGAGAAAGCGCAUCAAGACUUCCUCUUCAAGUCGCUGUUGCACUGCCCCCUCUUCCAGGAGUUGGAGCACGACAUCCUCCGGGCGAUUGUCGACACAAUGGAGAUCGAGAAGUUCGAGCAAGGGGAUGCCAUUUACGAGAAGAACAACGUGGGCCGAAGCGGCUAUUUACUCAUCUCCGGCGCUGCCACGGCAGAGACCGAUGCUGAUGACCCCUUCACCCUCCUCCGGCGUUCCUCCAAGAAGGAGGUCAACAUCUUCGAGGGCACCUUCUUCGGAGAGCACACCAUGCUCUUCGGCUUCCGCAGGCGCAUGACGGUGCGUGCUAUCCAGCCCACCGUGGUUGGAAAGCUUAAACGGGACGUGUACUACAAUGUCGUCACCCGCUCGGCAAUGCACGAGCGAGGCGUGCGUGAGAAGUAUCUCCGCACGGGUGUGCCGAUGUUCGAGACGUUUGAUGAUGAGCUCAUCGCUCGCAUCGCCGACAUCAUGGAGAAGCGGACCUUCAAGCGCGGGGAGGUCAUCGUAAAGCAGGGAGAUGUGGGUGCAGAGUUCUUCAUGAUCCUCCGCGGCCAAUGCGAGGCAAGCAUCCGCGUGGCCAAG